AAGGGUGAGCCCUCGAUGAGGUUUAGGUGGCGGCUGCAUUCCCUCCUCUGCAGUGUGCCUUGCCGAGCUUCCCAUUGCAACGUCAGCUUGAAGAAGCAGAGGCACCGCAGCAUCCUCAGCUCCUUCUUCUGCUGCUUCCGGGACUACAAUGUGGAGGCCCCGCCCGCCAGCAGCCCCAGUGCGCUGCCGCCGCUGGUGGAGGAGAACGGCGGGCUGCCCAAGGGUGACCAGAGGCAGGUCAUUCCCAUACCAAGUCCGCCAGCUAAAUACCUCCUGCCCGAGGUGACGGUGCUCGACUAUGGAAAGAAGUGUGUGGUCAUUGAUUUAGAUGAGACGUUGGUGCACAGUUCAUUCAAGCCUAUUAGUAACGCCGAUUUUAUUGUUCCGGUUGAAAUCGAUGGAACGAUACAUCAGGUGUACGUGCUGAAGCGGCCGCACGUGGACGAGUUCCUCCAGAGGAUGGGCCAGCUCUUUGAGUGCGUUCUCUUCACUGCCAGCCUGGCCAAGUAUGCAGACCCCGUGGCUGACCUGCUGGACCGCUGGGGCGUCUUCCGGGCCCGGCUCUUCAGGGAAUCCUGUGUUUUCCAUCGAGGGAACUACGUGAAAGACCUGAGUCGCCUGGGACGGGAGCUGAGCAAAGUGAUCAUCGUGGACAAUUCUCCGGCCUCGUACAUCUUCCACCCGGAGAACGCAGUGCCUGUGCAGUCCUGGUUCGAUGACAUGACGGACACGGAGCUGCUGGACCUCAUCCCGUUCUUCGAGGGCCUGAGCCGCGAGGACGACGUGUACAGCAUGCUGCACAGGCUCUGCAAUAGGUAGCCCCGGCCGCCGCCCGCCUCCCCUGUGCACUCGGACCCCAGCCCUGGGGACCUGCCCGGCCUCCACUCCCCGGGAGCCGAAGUGAGGACACGCCGUGCUCCGGGCCACGGGGUGAACGUGGCCACACCUACCUGUUUUAUUUUUAAAAAACAGAAACAACUAUUUUAAAAUGAACUCUUUUAACGAAUUUCCUAAAGGGACAUGCAUUUUACUGGAUUUGCUUUUCUUAAAACAUACCAAAAAGGGAAAAAAGGAGGAAAAAAGAAAAAAAAAAAGCUUGAUAUCUCUCAGACUUCCUUUCAACUGUCUUCCCUUCCCCGCAGACAACCUGCCUCCUUCUACCCCAGCUCGGAGCAGCUGACCAACUCAGAAUCUCCUUCCUCGAGGAUGAAGUGCCUUUUUGAAUGUUAUUUUAAGCUGAGAGUUAAUUUUUCUAUACAGCAUAUUUCCAGACA